CAGCUAUAAUUGGUCGACUCGCCUAUUGCUGUGUGAUUUUCCCAUGCGCGGCGGCGGCUCUAACGGGAAACAUUGCAUCACGUGCAGUGUGUGUAAACUUUACCCAUCCUCGCGCCUCUUAUCUCACCACGUCGAUAAGGCAGACCGGUGCAGCGAUCGUCGGAGAAGAGCGAACAGCGAAUCGAGUAAAGAGUGGACGCGCCAGUGGGGCUACCUGUGGUCCCGCACACAUCGCCUUCGGUCAUCGGUUUCCUCGUCUCUCUCUUUCUAUCCUUCUCGGUGAGGCGGUCGAUCGGUUGGUGAUCGUUGGUGAUCGCGAUCGUUCGAUCGUUUGACCGUCGUAUCGUGCGGUUCGUUCUUUACGUGGUGUUCGUGUCUGUAUUCGUGUCUCCGUGUCUGUGUCGAGUCCGUGUCGUGUCGUGUCGUGUCGUGUCGUCGCACACGGGCGCAAUUUCGCUGGGUGACCACUGGGCGCAAUCCGUACGACGUUAGUGAUCAUCGCAAAACAAUCCCGGUGUCCUGAGAGGAGGCGGCGGCGGUGGCGGCACGGAACCGUCGAGCAUUCGUCGCAUCGUUGUCGUGGCCCGACGUGUUCACCGUGGUAUCGUAGCUUCGCGAACGUUAACUCCGGAGUGGAGCUCCGAGUCGCCGAUUUCGUCAUGCCGUCGGCCACGGCCACGGCCACGACGACGGCGACGACGGUGACGACGAAGGCGCUUAUCGAAUCGCAAGGAGACGCCUGCUGAUAUGGGGCCACUGAUAAAACGCCUGGUCCUGGUCCACGGACCUUCCCUGCUUCGGAAAUAAAUAAAAACGCCUCGCGCGAGUGUCUGAGUAAAGAGAUCGACGAAGACGACGACGAAGACGACGACGACGAAGACGACGACGACGACGACGACGACGACGACGACGACGACGACGACGACGACGACGACGACGACAACAACGACGACGACGACGUUCUGCUUCAAAGUAGACGACCGCGCUCAAGAUGGCCUCGACCUCCAGCAGCACGUCACCCGACGUGCAGGUGCUGAUGGGCAAGGGCAAGCGUGGAGCCGCGGCCUACAUCAGCCUGGCCACUGGCCGGGAUACUGGCGGCUGUCCGCCGUACCUCAACGAGCUACUGGACGUCCUUUUGAAUCCCAGCAAACCCAUCGACGACUGGGAGACCAUCGACUGGUGCAAGUGGCUCAUGGCUGGUGGCCGGACACCUGACGAGUUUGCCAGCAUAGUGCGGACUUACGAUAAUGCUACCACUUGCGGUCUGGUAUGGACGCCAAACUUCGUGGCAUAUCGCUGUCGCACGUGCGGCAUAUCUCCCUGUAUGUCCUUGUGUACUGAAUGCUUCAAGAAGGGAAAUCAUCAUCGUCACGAUUUCAACAUGUUUCUCAGCCAAGCAGGUGGUGCAUGUGACUGUGGCGAUACGUCUGUGAUGAAGGAGACUGGAUUUUGUGAUAGGCACGGGCCAAACGCUGCUGUAAAUAAAUCAGUCGCACCGUCUGAUCUAAUGUGCGUAGCCGAGGCAAUGAUGCCCAGAAUUAUUCUUCGACUUAUACAACAUUUACGUGAAAAUUGUAAAAUGGCAGUGGCGGAUUAUAGAAAUGCUAUACACGAGGCGGACGUAUAUCUGACCAUGUUGCUCGAUUUGAACAACAUGGGCGCAUUAAUGAGGCAUGUCAUGACGUCAGCUCUUACGAAUCCUCAAAAGUACCGAGGUCUCAUGGAUCCCUCUGUCUUAACCGGACAAUCAGAGUACGACAGUUAUUGCCAAGAUAGCAAUAAGAUAUAUCAACAUGCUGUGAAAUCACUACCAAAUCCCGAACCACCAGACGAAUAUAAAGAAUGUGUAUCACUUCAAGAACAUUUGGAACACACCACUUUCUUGGAAGAAUUGAUGUUUUGGACUGUCGCUUACGAGUUUCCGCAGAAAUUGGUCUGUCUGCUUUUAAACAUGUUGCCGGAUCCCGACUACAAAGAAGCUUUGACUCGCGCCUUUGUGUUACACUAUAGCAGAAUCUCAAUGAUGCUCGAGCGUUCCACGGAUCCCGAUACGCUGAGCAAUAGGGUUGUGCAUGUUAGCGUACAGUUGUUUAGUAAUGAAAAACUAGCAUUAAGGAUGGUCGAUCAAUUGAAGUUAUUACAUGUUAUGGUUAUUAGCUUGAAAUACAUGAUGAGCAAAAUACUCAUUCAAAAUACUUUGCACGAUCCGGAUAAGAACUUCCAUUAUGUUGUGGAUUGUGGACGUCAAGUGAUGAAGGAGCACUGUUACUGGCCAUUGGUUUCCGAUUUGAAUAACGUGCUCUCACAUAAACCAGUCGCUGUUAGAUUUAUGAGUGAUGAUACUCUCUUGGAAAUGUGGUUCGAUUUUCUGUCUAUGUUUCAAGGAAUGAAUGUCAAUCAGAGGGAGUUGAGUCAGCACGUCGAGUUCGAACCCAAUACGUACUAUGCGGCGUUUAGCGCUGAGUUGGAGGCCAGUGCCUACCCGAUGUGGGCUCUGGUUUCACAUCUCCGUGGACCCGAGAGUGCGGCAUUAAGUCGACGAGUGCUUACUUUCUGCCUUACGGCUUUGCAAGAUUGGCUUGACGCCGUGAACUACACGCAUCCGAAUGUGAGUGACAGUCUGCAAGUGUCGUUUCAUCUACCACUUCAUCGAUAUCUCGCAGUUUUCAUGUGUCAGGCAAUCAGGCAGCAGGGAGCAACUCUGCGCGAAUUAUUGCCACCCACGGAUAUGCUGCAUCUUCUCAUGAUGCAUCCGCUGCGAGUGCAGGUGGCCUUCUAUGAGAUUUUGAAUGGAUUAUGGGUUCGCAACGGAUUGCAAAUAAAGGGCCAAGCAAUGACCUACAUACAAUGCAAUUUCUGUAACUCCAUGGUGGACGCGGAUCUAUAUCUGUUGCAGAUCUGCGCGACGAAAUUAUUGCCGGAUAUUUUUUUGAAAACCACCAUUGAAAAAUUUCACGUGAGAGAAUGGAUGAGUUUAUGUCUGUAUCAUGCUCCACAAAAUGAAUAUCUCGAGGGCGAGCAUGAUACCCCGAUGUUGGAAAGUUGCCUAACAUUUUUGGCUACGCUGGUCAACGUCAGAACAAAUCUUGGUUUGUCGGAUCCUGAAAUGUCUCGUCUUGAAAUGGUGACUUUAUUGUGCAUGGGUGAUAAGACGCAUAGUCAACUGAUGGAACUGAUGCCAGAACGUUGUGGAACUACUCAAAACAGAGAUUUUGAAUCUGUACUAGCCGAUGUAGCGCAAUAUAGAGCCCCGAAUCUCGAAGCAAGUGGUAAUAUGCAGCAAGGUAUGUAUGGACCAAAGGCUCGCGUGUGGGAUGAGUUGUUCGAUCCUUUACAUGUUCUAUUGAGAGCAGUCCAUAGAAGAGACUUCCAAGUAUCUAUGGAUCGAUUUACCGAAUAUGUGAAACAAUCGGGCAAAUUGAAGAACGGUGCAACUCCCUGGCCACCAUUUAGACACCCAGCUCCGGUUUCGUCGGACUAUGAUGAUCCUCGUAUAGUCUUACGUUCCAGAGUUUUUCACGCUAUGAUUCUGAUAAUACUUUAUAAGGCUGUGAAUGGGCAUAACAUAUCGGAGCAUGUUAUGGCAUUGGCUAUUUAUCUUCUAGAAUUGGCAGUUAUUACUGCGGAACCACCGGAUAAAUCUAUGAGUCCUUUGUGUCAAUACACUGGUGGCUCUCGUGUGAUAAAAGACAUGGAUUUGGGUGGAUGGUACGAAAGUGACAGCUUGUCCGAAAAUUUGAGGACAGUGAUACCUCGAGUGAUUCUAGUCCAAGAGUCGGAGCCUAACAGCUCAGACAGUGAAUUUGAGUGGGAGAUUCAAGGAGAAAUGAGUGAAGUGGCGACAUCCUUGAUGUUGAAUGAUGGUGCGGAUGAUGGUGCGGAAGAAGUCUCUUUGGAACUGUUGGGAUUUUCUGUAGAACCCACUAGAGAUGACAAUGGUGCGUCGAGUGCAAGUGCAUCAUCUCUGCCGGCUUUGCUACCAUCAGUUGAGAGUGCUGCAUCUCUGCCAGCAUUACCAUCAACAAGUGUAGAAUAUGAUGUGGCAAUUGUACCUGAAAAUGGAAUCGUCGCCAUAGCUCGUAAUAAUAGCGAGGAUGACUUGACGAUACCUUUGCAAAGAGCUCUACCACCAUCCGGGGAAGAAUCUAGGAGAAGAAUCCGUCUAACAAUCGAAUCGCCUCCUUCACCAAAUAAUGUCGGCGAUCAACCAGCAUUACCACCCGUUCCUCAACGCCCAGCUGUUAUGGCCGGAAACGAAAUGAUCAGAGUUAACUCAUUACAGAGGGUAUACUCGACUAAUUACAGGGCUAUAGAAAUUGUUCCAUCCACGUCGAAUUCUCAUAAACAUUUUAAAAGGAGAGAACCACAAGGUGGACCAUCAAUUCAGGGUGGACCGUCCGGUGGACCGUCCAGUGGACAAUCCGUAAAAGUAGGAGAAAGUAUAAUUUCCUUGCUCUUAAAGCUACAUUCUCAAUUAUCGGGCGUACCGGACAGCUACAAUCCCGAACAAAGUACAAUGUCGGACAAUGAAGCCAGCAGUAGCAGUAGUAACAGCAGUAGUAGUUCUUUCAUAUCGUCUGGUGAAUCACGAAUUGGCGAUGGGCCGUUCUUCAUAUCGCAACUACUUAGGAAAAUAGCUGAUUUAGACCCUAUGUGUAAACAGGCGAUUAUGGAGACUAGAAACAAAUUGUGGCCUCGUAUGCAGGAAUGUGAGGAAGAUGAGCAACGCGAAAGGGAAAAUCGUGAACGGGAGGAACGACGAAGAAGAGCAAAGGAGAGGCAGCAGAAGCUGAUGGCGGAAUUUGCUAACAAGCAGAAACAAUUUAUGGAGAAAGCAAUGAAGACUGAUGAAGCAGGUGCCUCCGGAAUGGACUGGGAUCAAGAGGAAAACACGGCUAAACUAACUAGUAAAAAAGAGUAUGAUUGUGUGAUAUGUAAUCAAACUACUCCCAGUAGUGAGGACAAACCAAUGGGACUCGUUGUAUUAGUUCAAGCAACUAGCAUUAUUGGACACGAGCGACAACAGCCGGAUAGAUUAGUUCUUCCCACGUCCGACGAAGAUCCACCUAUACCCAGGGGUGAUACCCGAGGUGCUCAUUAUGAUCGCAGAAUGGACGAGAUGAAUCGUUUAUUCGACACGUUAUCUUGGUUAAUUUCGGUUAAUCUGGGAUGGGAGGGUGGUGUUCAUGUGCAAACGUGCGGUCAUCAUCUGCACCUGGAUUGUUUGAAAUCAUAUUUGGAGUCCCUUCGUAGUCAACAAAGGCAACAAAGUUUAGCAGUGGAACGGGGCGAAUAUCUGUGUCCGCUGUGUCGGCAAUUAGCCAACUCUGUUUUGCCGCUGUCGCCGCAGUUGGGUGAAUGCUCGGCGGUGGUACGAUCUCGUCAUGCCUCCACAAAGACCAUAUUCGCGGAACUGAACACUUUUCUCAAAGAGAUACAACGAAAUCCUGUUUCUUCGAAUUUGGCUGUGGCUAUGGGGAAGGCCAUGGAAGAUAUGACGAGUUGCACAUAUUUAAAAUAUAAACAAAAGAACUGUAAACCUAGUCACCAAAGCUUGUUCCUUUUUGUAACUUCAGUAGCUCGAACUAACUUUGAGAUUGAACUUGUACAACGCGGCGGAUCGUUGUGCAUUCCACCACCUACUACGAUACCUCUGACGCCUAAACGCGAUUGUAUAGUCCCGCUUCUUCAUGUUUUGGCAAUGCACGCUCGAGUACUCACUACAUGGCCAGUACACGAAGUAUGGCAACAGCUGUCUGGCAUAUCGAUGGAAGAAUCGGCAUCCUCGCUUGCCUUAACACCACAUGAAAGACAGGUCCCUCUACUUCUGCGAGAUCCGACUGCCAUGCUCCUUCAAUUUAUAUUGUUGUUGCCGUUGCACUUAGACCAAACAUAUUUUUCCGGCGUGGUCAAAGUCCUUUACAACUUGCUGUACUAUCAAGUAAUACUACAAGUAAGCUGUAACUUCUCACGAGCAGAACGAAAUACGAUUGUAAAGAGAAAAUGUAACUGCGCCGCUACACCCUCGGAGACUAUACUGGGCGAGAUGAUCGAGUAUUUUAACGAGAGCGGACUUUAUCCCGGCACGGACGACGACAAACCGUCCACUUCAGCCUCUCCCACUUACGCCAGGAUAAAAUCGCACUGCAUCGAGAAACAGAUCCAGUCACUGUGCUUGCCGUUCCUGCGAGUAGCCGCAUUGCUACGUUAUCAUCUAUAUGAGCAACCGCUGCCGCUGAUCAGGACGUCGCAGAGCGAGUUUGUGAGACUGGUAUAUUACUUGGAACUAGUCACGGAAGGCAUGAGCUGGGACAGCUUCGACUCAACGGUGGCGUUAAAUUGGCAGGACUCAGAGGUAGCCGUUUCGGUGCCUUUCUUCUGGUGCGAUCAGUUGAUCGCGUUUCUCGCGAAUUGGCGAGGCCAUCAGCCAGCCCGAAAUAUGUUAAUGGAGCAACACUUAUCGUGGCACGUGCCGAAGCUACUUAGUCUUCCAAGGGAAUACGAAAAGAUCUUCACGUAUUAUCACGAGCGACAGUGCAGUCAAUGUCAUUCUGUACCGCAGGAGAUCAGUAUUUGUUUGUUAUGCGGCACUAUUGUUUGCCUUAAACAAAACUGUUGCAAACAGAUGAAUGUUUGCGAAGCUAUUCAGCAUUCGAUUGACUGCGGAGGUGGCACUGGCAUCUACCUUGUAGUAACCUCAACUUAUAUUAUCGUGAUACGUGGUCGGCGAGCCUGUUUAUGGGGAUCUCUGUACCUUGAUGACUUUGAAGAAGAAGAUAGAGAUCUGAAACGUGGCAAACCCCUAUAUCUCAGCCAGGACAGGUAUCAGCUUCUGGAGCAGCAAUGGCUAGCGCACAGAUUCGACCAUACGAAGAAAACGUGGGUAUGGCAUCGCGAUGCUCUGUGACCCAUCACGAUGUUGUCGCACGUUGCUCGUCGCUCUUAAUCUCAGAAUUGAAGACUCUCUCUCCCUUUUUUGUCUCCACUCCCACGACUCCUACAAUUUAUUCUCAUACAAAAAUGCCUCGCCCUUCCCCAUAAAUAAUAUUCGUGCGCUUUAGAGAUUAAGAGAGAUAGAUCGUCCUUAAUGAAUAUUAUAUAUUUAUUACGCAAUCACGAAUAGACGUGAAUGAUGGAUGAAAGUAUUAAGAGAAAGAACACUCGUCUCGGAGGAGGAUAAAUUUUGUUUAUAUAUUUGCGCAACAAAAUUUGAAUGAUACGUACUAGAUCUGUAGAAAUUGUAUGCUCUUAAAUAGAAACUUGUACAUUUUAUUUAAGUAUAUACACAGCUAUUUUUAUUUUAAUCUUUCCGUGUAAUUGUCUUCAAAAUCAUUGGUUAUGAUACACAAAUUUUAAAUCAAAAUUACACAUUUUUAUUUGGCCUACAUGAUAAGCGAAGUAAUUUUGAUGAGUGUUAAUUUAUUUUAAUAUAAAUUAUUUUGAUAUUUAUAUUAAAAUAAAUAGUUUUGUGUAAUAGCCAACUAUCUUGGAAAUUUUUACAGGAAAAAAUUGAAAUAAGAUCUCUAUAUAUAUGUGUAUAUAUAUACAUAUAUAUACAUACCAUAUAUAUACAUAUAUAUAUAUAUAUAUAUAUAUAUAUAUAUAUAAUAUAUGCUAUAUGCAAAGAGAUAUGAAUUACAUUUUAAUAACGAGAAAAAAUACUUAUCUAGUAUGUAGUGUUUGUACUUUUUAGGAAAGGAUAAUAUAUAAGUGAUAAUAAUCGAAAAGAAGCGAGGGGAAACACCUUGCGUGUUGCUUAAAGUGAAAAAAACUUACAUUUUGAUAUAAUUUCAAAUUUGUCAAAUUUUCUUUUUUCUGCUUUGUCAGAUACUUCGCAGAUAUUUAUAAAACAUGUAGCUUUUUAAUUUUUUCUUUACGGCAAAGUCAUAUGAAAUAAAAAAAAGAUGCAUGAAGAUGAAUCUAGAAUAUUAAAUGUUUAUUAAAAACCAUGCCAUAAGUUUCAUAUGAUAGAUAAAUUAAUAGCUUCUCGUUUUUUGAAAUAUAUUACAAAAUUUAAUCCCUUUUAGAACAAAAUUAGAAAGAUUGUUUUUAACUAUAUGAAACUAGAAUAUUACGAGUUUAUAUUAUCCGAUGCCAUAGACAUGUAAAAUAUAUAAUUAUAAUGAUCAUUAAUACAUCUUAUUUUUUCAGAUUAUAAUAAUAAUAAUACAAAUAUGUAAUCGUAUGUCACAUAAUUUUGUGAUUUAUAAAUAGAGGCAUUUACGUCCUGUUCGAAUUUUGAUACAAUUUUAAUUAAAUUUGAUAUAAAAUUUCAAUGAAAUUAAUUAUUAAAUUUAUCUUUAC